CCUCCCACACCCUAACAUCACUCACCAUAUUAAGUUCCUGCCGUCAUUCCCCUGUUUGGGUGCGUUUUAGGUGGAACCUCUCUCUGAGGACAGACAAGGGAUCUGAGUUUACCAAAGGAGUCGUUUUUACAGCAGCCAGUUAAUCUUCACUCUGACAACAUGUGUACUGGAAAAUGCUCCCGCUGCAUCGCCGUUACUCUGUACCCGCUGGCGCUCAUAUCCAUCAUCUGCAACAUAGUUUUGUUCUUUCCUGGCGGGGACAUCAAGUAUGCCAAAGAUGGACAUAUUACUGAGGAGGUGAAGUACAUGGGAGGACUGGUCGGAGGGGGUUUAAUGGUGUUGCUCCCGGCGCUUUACAUCCACCUGACUGGAACACAGGGCUGCUGCGGGAACCGAUGUGGGAUGUUCUUAUCAAUUGCAUUUGCUGCAGUGGGUGUGGCCGGGGCCCUUUACAGUUUCAGUGUGGCGGUGCUCGGCUUGCAGAAUGGGCCCCUCUGCAAAGUCCUCCUGAUUUGGACCACACCCUUCAAAAACAGUGACAAUAAUUACCUGACUGACGACACGUGGUGGGGAAGCUGCACAGAGCCUAAGAACAUUGUGCAGUUCAACAUCGGACUGUUUGCCACGCUUCUGGCCACGAGCAGCCUGGAGGUGAUUCUCUGUGCCAUCCAGAUGAUCAACGGGCUCUUCGGCUGCCUGUGUGGAACCUGCACCGAUAAAGGGCCGCUGUGAUUUCCUGACAGUCGUCUGGCGCCCCCUUCUGGAAGACUGAGAGCGGUGUUCACGGCUGCGGCUGCAUAAAAAUAUCAACCUCUUGUCGUCUUUGUUGACAGAUUUUUUUUUGUACUUUUUACGUGUAUUUCCUGACGCUUAUAAUUUCAUUGUUCUAAAACAUAGACAUGUUUGUCAUGUAAGGUGUGAAAAUGGAAAGUUUUAGAGAUAAAUCGUGCAAAAUAUUGAUUGAUUUUUAAUAAAUUGGUUUUAGUUAUCAGCUGCUGAUCCACUGCUGCAGCUCUGUGUCACAUCAGACAUUGCAUUUUAUAACACAUUUUGCACUACAGAAGAAAUUCAGACUCAGAAAUGUAAUAAUACAAACUGAAAAAUAUUUAUAUUAUAUAAUAUUUUUUUUCUGCAACUGAAUAAACAAGCUGUUCUCAGAGGACUGUAUGAAGCUAGAAAUGUCAGUUUGUUGAAAAUGAAGAGUUUAAUUUGUUCAGGCAUUAAAUAAAAGUGUUAAUGAAGAAA